GUUAAAUAUAUCUGUUUGGGCUUGCGGCCAAUUUGAAGUCUACAAAUUAUUUGUCAUUAUGUUCCGCCCCCCUGACUAUUUGCUCAAGAAAAAAAUCCUCCCCCGGCUGAAUCCAGUUGAUGAUCACUGUCAUAGGGUAUAGUGUUCCAUUCUAUUUCAGUUUUAACAAACUUGUUGAAGUCAACAAUGUUGUUGAAUCCAGAAACAGUCAGACACUCACCCAGACAAGUGGCUAUGUAGAUUGUGAUAAGCUGUUGUUGUGUAUGUCUCCUCAGGACGAGGGUCCAACAGUGUCCUGCCAGUUCCCACACAAGGCAUUCUGGGUGACCCUCAGUGCCACUCUCCUCCUGGUCAUCAUCGCCCUCAGCGUCAGGGGGCAUCUAUGGGUCAGACAGCCCGACGCACAGGUUGUCAGAAUCACAGUUCCGGAUCUGACUGGAACCCUGAUCAAACAAUCAGCAUUGGUGGACAAGCACAACGACCUGGUGACCUAUACUGUGACCUCACUGGCCAACCACACAUCCACCGUGCUCUUUGACGUCAAACAUGGUAUGAUAUGUUACAAACCUAUGAACCAGGAGAAUUGCUACCUGAGUAAGAUGGAGAAAUCUGACUAUGAAAACAUGCAGUCCCUUCUCCAGCAGUCAAUGCAAACGGAGGUGUUGUUGGGGAAUGAGACCCAGAGACAGACAGAGUUCCUGGGGGUGAUGGGGGGCAGUCAGGUUGAUGUGUCCACCCUGGAGGAGCCUCUACAGGCCCUGUGUCGACACAGCUCCAUCCACUGGACCAGGAGGCAAGAGGGUGAGAGUACCCUUCUUCACAUUUAUAGCCACAUACUAAAUACACAUUCACACAAUGAUGUACAUUUAUGUAACUGUGGACUGUUUUAUUUUAAAGUGGGUCCAAUUUUAUAUUCAAUUCUGGGAUAAAUCAACAGUCAUAUUUCAUACAAAGGAAAGACCAGGGGCUCUUUUGUAAAACAAGUUCCUCAGACUGAGGGAGAGCUUGCUCCCUGUGUCUUUGUGUGUUGGCAGCUCUUUCCAGAAUAGGGCAGAGUGAGAAACAUAAUCCUAUACUACUGUGCUGUGUGACCUUUGCAGUUUCGCAGCAGUAAACUUAGACUGUUACUCUAGUAUUUUACUGGGUGACUUUUACUUGACAUUUUCUAGUAAGUAAUCUUUACUUUUACUCAAGUAUGACAAUUGAGUACUUUUUUUAAUCACUGCAAAACCCCAAAGUAUGCAAGCCAACUACCAUCUGUUAAUGGAACCGUAUUUCCAGUUUUACUCACUUGGGGAUUCAGAGUAGCCAUCAGUGCUCUCUGCUAUAGUAAGGGUUAGAUCUUCCUGCUACAGUUAGUUAGCAUAAUGCUAAACUGAAGUGCUGUGUGACCUUUGCAGUAUGCCAGAAGUAAAUAAGAAGCACAACCUUUAGGCUGAACUCACUGCUAUUUUUACUUUACGCCACUUGGGUUUUGUUGGUCUUCGCUACCAAACUGCCUGUUUAGUAACAAACCCUCUCUCUCUCUGAAGGUCCAGGUAAACAGCGUCUGGUCUACUUCUGUAUUGACAUCUGCUUCCCUAGUAACAUCUGUGUGUCUGUCUGCUUCUACUACCUGCCGGAGUGACCUGCCAUCAUC